AUGAACGUUCUAGGAAUAAGAAUUUCCGCAAGGCUUGCUGUCUGCCUGGCCGGGGGAAUGUUAGAAAUUGCAGUGGCUGAGAAGCCUAAGGAAUCGGCUGCAGUCGGCAGCAAGUAUGAGAUAUCCAAAGAGCCAAAGAUAAUCAACUACUAUCUUAGUGAUGACGAUGCCAGGGCACUUAUAAACUGGUGCUUCGGAGUAGCUGACAAUCUCGCCGAAAGUUACGACGAGAUCAAUGUUGCUGUGGGCAUUAUCAAGGGCAGCAGAGACAAGCUGUCAGAGCCUGUCAGGAUUGUUGGAGACGUCUUUACCAAGUUCUUUGGCGAUGUGACAGAAGUGGAUCUGAAAUUCUUCCGGGAUCUGUUCAAGCUUGUUCUUGUCAAGCUAAUCAACACGCCGGACAUCAUUUCGGAGGUAAGCAGCAGUGUGAGCCAGAAAUAA